AUGACCGAUGAGCUUCCCAAACAACAACGCCAUGAAGAGACGGAGAUUUUCCAGAACAUCAGUGCCCUAUUGAAUGCAGAAGAGCAGGAAGUAGAUGGGGAAAAUUUAUCUGACGAUGCUGCAUCUUGGCCAGGAAGACUUGAGGACAUGACUAGAUCCCAGCACAGUCCCGCGCCUCAUAUUCAGAUCCAACAGUCUGACAAGAGCGAUCAAGAGGCUACAAAAGAAGCCAUGAAGUCUUGA